AUAACAGAGAGAGCGAGCGCAGGGGCUUCUGGGGGACCGAGAGCCAGACAGCGAGCACGGUGGCAGCGGGGACAUCACAGCGCCUGCUGCACAGCCUCCUGGGAUAUCACUGACAAGGGAGCUCGCCAGCCUGGGUGCUCAUCCUGGUUAUUCUGUUGACCCUAAAGUACAAAAGAAGUCAUAAUAAGACCUAGGAUUAAUUCACCAUGGAAAUAGAGGGUCCAAGUGAAGUCAAUGCAAACAUUGUAGAGUCUGAUAAUCUGAACGAUUCACUUUUUUUGGGGAACGAAGAUCAAGCAGGGGUAGAAGAAAUUGAAAAUGAAAUAAAUGGGAACUGGCCUGUAACAUCACUUAAUGAAGCAAGACUUAAUGCUAAAGCAAAGCGACGCUUAAGGAAGAAUUCUUCACGGGACUCGGGAAGGGGGGAUUCUGUCAGUGAUAAUGGAGAAAGUUCUCGAGUGGUGCUACCCACAAGUCCCAGGGCUAAACUUAUGGACCGAAAGUCUAGAACUGGAAAAGGAAGGGGAUUGCCAAAGAAAGGAGGAGCUGGUGGUAAAGGAGUAUGGGGACCUCCUGGACAAGUGUACGAUGUUGAAGAAAUCGAUGUGAAAGACCCAAAUUAUGAUGAGGAUCAGGAGAGCUGUGUUUACGAGACAACUGUUCUUCCUCUUGAUGAAAAGACGUUUGAAAAAUCAGUCACACCAAUUGUUCAAGAGUAUUUUGAACAUGGAGACACCAAUGAAGUUGCAGAAAUGUUAAGAGAUUUAAAUCUUGGGUAUAUGAAGUGUGGGCUGCCAGUGCUGGCCGUGUCCUUGGCUCUAGAAGGAAAAGCAAGCCACAGAGAAAUGACUUCCAAGCUCCUGUCUGAUCUGUGUGGUACUCUCCUCAGCACGGAUGAUGUUGAAAAGUCUUUCGAUCAACUUCUUCAGGAGCUGCCUGAAUUAGUUUUGGACACCCCUAAAGCUCCACAGUUAGUGGGACAGUUCAUUGCUCGAGCAGUUGGCGAUGGGAUCCUGAGCAAAAAUUAUAUAGAUGGCUACAAAGGCACAGUGGAUUGUGAUCAUUCUCGAGCGGCAUUAAAUCGAGCAACUGUUCUACUGAGUAUGACUAAGGGAGGGAGGAAAAUCGACAGUGUUUGGGGAUCAGGUGGCGGACAGCAGCCAGUUAAGAAAUUGGCUAAAGAGAUUGAUAUGUUACUGAAGGAGUAUUUGCUUUCCAAUGAUGUAUCCGAAGCAGAACGUUGUCUUCAAGAGCUAGAGGUUCCACACUUUCACCAUGAACUUGUGUAUGAAGCAAUCCUGAUGGUUCUUGAAGCAACUGGAGAUACAACAUACAAACUAAUGCUGAAUUUGUUGGACGCCUUAUGGAAGUCGGCAGUUAUUACUUUGGAUCAGAUGAAAAGGGGCUAUGAUCGGAUUUACAGUGAAAUUCCCGAUAUUAAUUUGGAUGCGCCACAUGCAUACUCUGUACUAGAACGGUUUGUGGAAGACUGUUUCAAGGCUGGGAUUAUUUCCAAACAAAUAAGAGACCUUUGUCCUUCCAGAGGAAGAAAACGCUUUGUAAGUGAAGGAGAUGGGGGUCGUCUGAAAUGCGAGAGCUACUAGGGAGAAAAAGCAUAACAGAAUCAGACGUGAAAGGAAGGAAAUUUGAAUUUACAAAGCACGGUUCAUGUUUUAUACAUUUCUCUCUCUCUCUUUCUCUCUCACACACACAGUUCUGGGGACAAAGCCUUUCUAAACUACUUUUUAUAUGUUCAAUUUCACAAGUAAGAGAUGGAGGCUUGAACAGGGAAAAUCCACAUGUGAGUGGUGUGAAUAAGCUAACUUUCUGUAAAUCUGUUAGGCCCAAUCAUUCCAUGUUUGGCAUCAUUGCUCACCUGCCACUUUUUUUUCUUUCAAAGUCAGUGUUUUGUGGUAAAUUCACUGGUUCAUACAGAGCUUUAUAAUACUGGGAAAUGUGUUGCCCAGACUCCGCGUUGGCUGCUGCUGUUGAAAUUAUAAUUUUGUUUUGCUUUUGGUGGUGUAAAUGAAUGAAAUUAGAUUUUUUUUUUUUUUUGGCGUAAUUGUUCUGCUUGCUAAGGGGAUGCUUAUUCCGCCCCCUUGAAGCAGGUGAGGAUGGGAAAAUUGAAAUAUUUUUAUUCAUCUUUCCAGAGAACAUAUUACUUUUGACAUGACCGUUCAGAAUAUGGUGGCUGGAACAUCUAUUUUUCUACAAAAGACUAACUGGAAAUAUGAACAGAAUUCUGUUAGAAUGUGUGUGAAUAUAUUUCUGGGGAAAAAAAAAAAAGUUUAAAUAAACACAUUUAGUGAUGCAGAA